AUGGAACCAACUAAGAAAACUAAUGAAAAGCCAGAGGAAAUUGAAAAACAGAUAGCACUUCGCAAAGAAAUUGACGAGUUGCUAAAAAACUUCCCUGAGUUUGAUGGCAAAUUUGAUGUAAUAGAAAGAGUCGGAAAUGGAAGUUUCGGCUCCGUAUAUAGAGCCCGUAAUUUAGAACAUAAAGCAGCUGGAAGGGCCGAUUCUGCUUACGGUAGUAGGAGCCCUUCACCAUCCUUGGUUGAUACGAAAGCACAUGGAAAAAAACGCAAAUUUGAAGAAGGGCCUCAAAAAUCUUAUAAAUAUGUUGCCAUAAAAAAGAUAAUUGCGAUCAGCUCUGUCCAUAGGAUUAAAAAUGAAAUCUCUGUAUUAAAAGAAUUAAGAGGACAUGAGAAUAUUAUUCAAAUCCUUUCGGCUCAUCGAUAUGAAGAUGAAGUUCUUGUUAUCACCCCACAUAUCGAACAUGAUGAAUUCAAGAGCUACUAUAAAACUAUGAACAUGGAUGAUAUUAGAGCAUAUUUUCGUUCACUCUUCAAAGCUUUAAAAAAUAUACAUUUGCAUAACAUUAUCCAUCGUGAUUUGAAGCCUGGAAAUUUCCUUUAUAACAUCAAAGAAAAAAAGGGUGUUCUGGUAGACUUUGGCCUUGCUGAGAGGAUAGACACUUCAAAUAGCUACCAAUUCAAUUCCCAUAACACUCAUAGUGUAACACGAUAUCAAAAUAAGAUCAUGAAUACGAUGAGAAAACUUGGGCCACCUAAAACUGCACUCCAAACUUAUCAGGAAAAUAAGUUGCAGAUUAAAAAUAAGGAAUUUAUUCCAACCUUAUCCCUUACCAGUGAGCUUACUAAACAGCAAUCGCGUAUUCCAUUAGGAGCUAUUCAAGCCAUGGAUCAGAACACUGGACAGAUUUCCGAAUGUCCUCAAAAACGAGUUCGUACUUCAUCAACCCACGUUUCAAGAUCGAAACAACUUGAAGAAGAAAUAAAAACAAGAGGUUUUAUAGAUGUAGAGCGUAAAGGUGACGAAUUUAAACCUGAUUGGACUGCGAAUCGAGCUGGUACAAGGGGCUUCCGUGCGCCUGAGGUUUUACUGAGAGUUGAAAAACAAACUGGAGCAAUUGAUGUUUGGUCGGCUGGUGUCAUUUUGAUGUCCAUAUUAUCUCAACGAUAUCCGUUCUUUAAUUCACAUGACGAUACUGAUGCUAUUGGUGAAUUAGCAAUUCUCUUCGGAAAAAAAACAAUUCAGGAUUUGGCAUCAUCACUUGGACGUACUUUUAGCACCACAAUUCCUUUGAUUUAUGAAACCGGUCUCAAGUUCAGAAAUCUUUUAAACACUAUGAGACGCGAUCUAUUUCCUGCAGAUGACAAACCACGACUUUCUGAUGCCUACAAAGCAAUCGAACUGCUUGAAAGAUGCCUAGAACCUUAUCCACAUAAGCGAAUUACUGCCGAAGAAGCACUAAAUCAUCCAUUUUUGCGCGAAAGUCCAUCAAAGCAGGCUUGA